CUCGUACCCGCGCUUUGUAGAAGCGCCGUCAUGUAACCAUAGCAAAUGGACAGAAGCAAAUGGGAGAAUAUAAUCACGAACUUUCAGGCACGUGCACGCGGCUACCUUGAGAGGAAUGAACUUCGACGUGCGCGUGAAGACUUUGAGGAGGUUGUGAUGGAGAUAGACGGCGGCCUAACGCAUUUACAGUGGACUGGAACGGCCGUUUCCUUCCCUCUCUUCACAGACACUGACGGCCCACUCCUUCCUACUGUCAGCUCCUCACUCAAGCCUUCAGAACCAGAUCCAGCUGCCUGUGCUCCCCUGACCUCAGCUCCAUCAUCAGAGGAGGCGUCCCAUCAUUGUGCACUACAGGAAUGGGAAGAGGCAGAAAGGGAUGAUUCACAAACAUGUUUGCCCAGCAGCCCAGUCAGAGGGGACGAAGAGGGGCAGAAACUGUCCUCCGCCGUCCGGAGCAUCGUGGAGCCAGACAUGAAUGUUUACUCUCAUAGUGUACUUAACACUGAGGAAUAGACUGAGUGUGUCCUGAAGACAGACGUAAGCUGGAUUAAUGUGAAACUUUCUUCUUUCGGUUGAACUCACACAAGUGACAUCUCUACAGACCAGUUCAUCUAAUAAAUAUUUAUUUUCAAGUAUCAUGUAAUAUAUAAAAGUGUGCAUUUGUAAAAUUUCUGCGUGAUUUUAAAUAUGAAAAUGAAUAAAUUUAAUUUACCUUCAAAGA